AUGGACGUCACCAACUGGAGACAAAUUCCGCCUUCUCGGCGAGAAAUCUUUAGUAUCGAGGACAUUGUUGGACGUACUAACCACUUCCUGAAUGUCAACGUGUGUAGCGGUCUCGCUGCCUUUGCUUUACAAGUCUACCAGGUGCCUGGGGAAACAUCUUGCCGCUGGCAUUUUUAUUUUGAGCUUGCCCAAAGCUUCAAGUUCCGUGACAUCCAGGGCAAGGAGGUAAAUAUUAUUGGCCUUGCUAUGUGGAUGGAACGUGAAGGCUGGCGAGACGGUGACUUAACUGUUCGGUUCAUGAUUAAAGAGCGCCCAUUUUAUCGCCCCCUCGCCACAUUCGUGUUCCCUCUCCACGACCCUUGGUGCCCUGACGACGUCAAGGUCACCAUGCUCACUCUUGUCAAUGUUCUUCGAGGAACUACUCUGGGUCCCGGUGAAGAUCGCUCCAACCUGACAAGGUUCAAAUUUUGGCACUUGGAAUUCGUCCCCUCGGAGGAUCCUGAAAUCCGCGGCCCUCGCGAUGCCCUCACCCAGUGGAUGAUCUGCUGGAACAAAAAAGGAUAUGUUGGAUGGGAUUGUUGUGAGGGAAUCUUCGAGGACGAUACUGUCCUCGAAGACGACGGACUCCGCAGUGGAGCCAUUGACUCAGAUGCCUUUGGAAACAUCAUCGGAAUCCAGUUCACCACAGAGGACGACAUCGAGCAAGAAAGAGCUUUGACUGUCAGCAUGCGGUCCAAAAGGAUUUGUGCCGGUUAUUGGAUCACUGGAUUUGAACGAGUUCUUUUCCACAACAAUGAAAUUCUUCCCUACAAGAUGCCUUCGGUUGAGAAUGCUCCUGACAGUACCGCUGAGACUGAGACCGGGACCGAGGCUGAAACUCAGCCUGAGGACCUCCCGACGGGCAGCCCGCGCACUGCCGGCCACGGCAACACCGAGAACCAGCAAGCCGCGGAAAGCCACCCCGACAGCUCUGGCGAGUAUCAGAUCGUAAACCUGUGCCAGAUGCUGGGUAUCCAGAGCCAGCCUCCGAGCGAGCACGCUGACGACGACCAUGAUUCCAGCAGCAGCUCGGACAGCAGCAGCUCCUAUCAUUCCGACGACCAGGUCGAGUUCUACAGCCAGGAAACGACUGCAGAGGAGUAUCGUCGACGAUUUACUAUUUAG